AGAUAAGAUGGGGAACUGUGAUUUGACAUGAGUGGACUAUAAAGCAACAAAUUACAGAGGUGAAGGCAACUUAGAAAUGGAGGAGAGCAGGCAUAGGGUUUGUGUUAUCGGAGGUGCAGGUUAUGUGGGCUCUUCAUUGGUGAAGAAGCUUAUAGACGAAGGCCACACUGUUCAUGCAACGCUUAGGAGCUUGAGUGAGGAGUCGAAGGUGGGGUUGCUGAAGAGCUUCGCCGGCGCCGAUGAGCGACUGAAGUUAUUCGAAGCUGAUCUUUUCAACAAAUCCGAACAAAUUGAGCAGGCUAUCCAUGGCUGUGAAUUUGUGUUCCUUGUGGCAACGCCCACACCGCAAGCCAGAAGGUUGAACGUGGAUGCAAUAGUGGAGGGAGUAAAGAACGUGGCAUAUGCUUGCAGUAGAUGCGGAAGCGUUCGGAAGCUGAUCUAUACCGCCUCCACCGGCGCCGCUUCGCCGUUGAAAGAAGACGGGAAUGGUUUCAAAGGCGUCAUGGACGAAACAUGCUGGACUCCUCUCCCUCUUCCUUUCCACCAUUGCGAUCAUAGCCUAGGGGAAUUGAAGGAUUAUAUAGAAAGCAAAACAUUGGCGGAGAAAGAAAUGUUGAAAAUUGGAAAUGAUGAAGGAUUGGAAGUGGUGAGCUUAGCACUGGGAGUUGUGGGAGGAAAUACGUGUUUAUGGUACUGUCCCUAUACUCUGUCCAUCUUCUUCUCACAACUCACCGGCGACAAGAGUGGACAAAGCUCCUUGAAAUUCGUAGAGGAUUUACUGGGGAAAAUCGCAGUUGUACACAUAGAAGAUGUGUGCGAUGCUCAUAUCUUCGCCAUGAAAGCACCAAAUGGUUCCAUGUCUGGGCGUUUCCUCUGCACCAACUCCUUCGUUUCUGCUGCAGAAAUCGCUAACUAUUUGCGCCAAAAUUAUCCUGAAUUUAAUCUCAACCUGCGAGACCAAGAUUGCAGUCGUUGCAUGAUGAAUGGACCUGAGGGACAAGUGGUGUUGAAUUAUGAAAAGCUUCUUCACAAAGGGUUCACAUACAAAAAAUCCUGGAAAGAUGUGAUUGAUGAUUCUGUUAGCUGCGGGAGGAGAUUUCGGCAUCUCUAACCUGGAGCCAAGCCAACUCAAAAUACAUAAAUUGAAUAUAUAUGUAUUAUUAUGUAUUAUUAUGUAUAGGAAUAAGGUUCAAAUUGAC